UGCUCGCGUUAUUGGUUGGUAAUUUAUUAUUUUUAAUAUUUUUCAAUAUUUUGCAGAAAUAGUUCUAAUAAAGGGAAUUGAUUGACUUCGUCCGAGAAGUAUUUAAUUUAAACCAAACUGUUCGGAAAUAUUUAUAGAAUAAAAAAUGGAUUUAUGACAAUAAUUUGAUGCUUUUCUUCAUCUUGUAAUAAGAUAACCUCAGUAUGGCUAAGGAUGCUCAAGAUCUAGUUUGGGACUAUAUUAUAUUUGUCAUAGUAGUAGUCGCUACAACAUCUGUAGCUAUUUAUUCCAAAUUUUGCGGAGUGAAAGAAAAAACCAAAGCUGAUUAUGUAUUUGCUACUGGCAAAGUAUCUAUUACAGCUAUGAUGUUGAGUAUAGCCAGAGGAAAUUUGGGCGUAAGAUCUAUAAUAGGCUAUCCAUCUGAACUGUACUACAGAGGCGCCACAAUGUGGGAGUCCUUGUAUGGUAUUCUUCUAGCGUAUCCAAUUGUAUGUUUUAUUUUUGUACCAGUAUAUUUUAGUCUCGGAAUUACCUCGGUUUACCAAUAUUUAGAUUUAAGGUUUAAAUCACGUAUAGUAAGAUGUUUAGCAUCAGGUACAUUUAUAUUACGACAAUUUUUAUUGCAAGGAGUAACUGUAUUCACACCAUGUGUGGCAUUGAAAACAGUGAUAGGACUUCCUUAUUGGGUUUCUAUAUUUGGAAUAGGAGGUAUUAGCAUCAUUUUCAAUAUUCUGGGUGGGCUCAAAGCAGCUAUAUGGGUAGAUGUACUUCAAAGCGUUAUUACAAUUGCUGUGAGUCUAGUAAUAUUUAUUUACGGUUGCAUAGAGUCACAAGGAUUAAGCAAUGUUAUAGAUGUGAACUGGGUUAAUGGACGCUUGAACUUUUUCAACUUCAAUCCAGAUCCAACGGUUCGAGUAACAACAAUAUCAGCAGUAUUAGGAAAUUUAUUUAUGUCACUUUCCAUUCUUGGAUGUCAACAAAGUUUUGUUCAACGUUACUGUAGUAUGGAAUCUCAGAAGCAGGUAACAAAAGUCCUCAUGUACAAUAUGCCAGUAGUGACUGUCCUAUUCAGUUUAUCGUGGAUAAUGGGAAUGGUCAUAUAUGCGGCAUAUGAACAUUGCGAUCCUCUAUCUUAUGGUUACAUUAGAAGCUUGGAUGAAAUUCUCCCUUUCUAUGUUGAAGACCGAUUCAGCUUCUUUCCUGGACUGUUAGGAUUGUUUCUGGCAACACUCUUUAAUGGGGCACUUAGUUUGAAUGUGUCUCUUGUCAAUUCUUUAGCAACUGUAACAUUCGAGGAUUUCUUGAAACCAAUUCCAGCUUUGAAUAAAAUGAAAGAUUACUACCAAUUAUGGACAAUCAAAUUCAUAAGUGUUGCCUACGGGUUGAUAAUAAUGGGGAUGAGUUUUUUGGUCAGCAAGAUUGAUGGUGUGAUAGAAGCGUCGAUGUUAGUGACUUCGGUUACUUCUGGACCUCUACUAGGUGUAUUUCUUUUAGCAAUGCUGGUGCCAGUUGCUAACGGAAAGGGUGCAGCAUUUGGAAUUAUAAUUGGACAUUUGAUAACUUUCUGGAUAGCCAUUGGAGCAUUUGUAGUAUCUAAACCACCUACGCCGUAUCUUCCUUUGAAAAUUGAUGCAUGUAAUGAUACAUUCUUUGGAGCUCAUAUACAGCGACCCAACGAUAUAAUAUACAAUCCCUAUUUAAAUGGAAACCUAACUACAUAUCUUGAAGAGGAUCCUGCAAAUACUGAGAAUCCUUUGUAUACCUUAUAUUCAGUAACGUACAUGUAUUACACGUGUAUAGGUUGUAUAGUAACAGUUAUAUGUGGAACAAUAAUAUCAUACUUCACAAGAAGUGAUUUGGACAUAUGCAAUGAAAACCUAAUACACCCCGUAAUCUGGAAAAUAAGGGAUCUUUUUCACACGAAGAAAAGUUUCAAUGUACAGAGAAUACACGAAGAUAAUGAAGAAUGUAGAACAGGUGCCACUGAUGGAAAAUGAUAAUGUACAAUAAUUUUAUAGUAACUAAUUCGUAAUUCGCAAUUCUCCAAGAAACUGAUUUAGUUCCGUUCGAGUUAAAUAUAUUUGCGCAUGUUGUGGAACUCUUCAAUCAUACGAUAAACAGACAGCUCCUCGAUUAUUUAUCCCCUAUUAUCGUUUUUGUAAUAAUUAUUAUAUUUUUUUUUGUUUUUAAUUGGUACCUCGUCCCUGCUACAAAUUCACUCUAAACUUAGAAUUAUAAAAUAAGUUAUGAUAUCUAAAUCAAUAAAUGUCUUAUAUAAUA